GAUGGAGCACUUCAACUUUGGGCUCUUCGGGGUCCUAAAAUCACAAGUUUAUACACCUACCCAAUUAUGCGCCUGAAGCUCCCGUCUCUUACAUGUGUCGGGUGUCCCUUGCAUUAACCCCCGCAGCCACCUAGGCAUUUUCGCGCUUGGUGGGGUUUUUGAGCUUGGGAGCUCCACAUGCCUCCAAAAAUCCAUUUACCAAGCCUGCGAAUGAUGACUCGUCUGUUGGCAAUCGCUGCAAUAUGAAGAACAGCCUCUUGCCCUAACUUCCGACUCCUGGAAGUCUUGUUCCUCUUUCAUAUCUCCGGGGCCCCUCGCCUCCCCAAUACGAAAUGGCGUCGGACGUGACAAAACCGCCGGCUUCGGCCGCCCCAGCGCAGCCUGAACAGAAGAACUACAAAGGCUUCGUAGCGGGCGUCUUCUCCGGUAUCGCGAAGCUCUCAGUCGGCCACCCGUUCGACACGAUCAAGGUCCGCCUGCAGACCACGACGGCGGCCCGGUUCAGCGGCCCGCUGCAGUGCGUCAUGCAGACGGUCCGCAACGAGGGCGUCCUGGCGCUCUACAAGGGCGCGUCGCCGCCGCUGGUCGGGUGGAUGUUCAUGGACAGCAUCAUGCUCGGCAGCCUGACGGUGUACCGGCGCCUGCUGCGCGACAACCUCUUCAACCCGCCGUGGCACCCGCUGCACGACCCGGCGGCGCUGCUGCCCUCCCACGGCCACGGCCUCGCGGGGGUCCUGGCCGGCUGCACCGUCAGCUUCGUGGCCGCCCCCGUCGAGCACGUCAAAGCCCGCCUGCAGGUCCAGUACGCCGCCCGCAAGGCCGAGCGCCUGUACCGCGGGCCACUCGACUGCCUCGCCAAGAUCCGCCGCCACCACGGCAUCCGCGGCGUCUACCACGGCCUGUCGGCGACGCUGCUGUUCCGCAGCUUCUUCUUCUUCUGGUGGGGCAGCUACGACGUCUUCACGCGGUGGCUGACCCGCCACACGAGCCUGAGCGCCCCGGCCGUCAACUUCUGGGCCGGCGGCCUGAGCGCCCAGGUCUUCUGGCUGACCAGCUACCCGAGCGACGUCGUCAAGCAGCGCAUCAUGACGGACCCGCUGGGCGGCGGCCUGAACGACGGCCAGAGGAGGUUCAAGGGGUGGCGAGAUGCCGCCGCCGCAGUCUACAGGGAGGGCGGUGCGAGGGGCUACUGGAGAGGCUUCCUCCCCUGCUUCUUGAGGGCGUUCCCAGCCAAUGCCAUGGCUCUGGUUGCAUUUGAAGGCGUCAUGCGCGCGUUACCAUGAUUAAGACUACGAGGGAAGGGCAUGAUGAAAAGAUAUACGGGCAAGCAGAUAUACCCAGCAUUCGCAAUUGCGGAACGGCAUUUGGCUCGUUGAAUUCAUGACAAGGGGAACUAAGUUCCCAUGUUGAUCACUAUUCCCUAUGCACAGGCCGUCUAUCCCUUUUCCCCCUUCCAUUUUGGUAUCCCUUCCAGAACAUCCCGAGA